GGGAAGUAGGCCGCUGUGCUCUGAGGGUGGUGGAUAACGAAGACGGCGGUUGCGGUGGAGGCUGGAUGCGCAUCCUGACGGCGUGUAAGAGCUUUCUUAGCUGCCAAGGGAUAAUAUAGAAUAUACAGAAGGAAACUUGACCAGAAGUUUUGUAUGAACUCCUUUUGUGGUAGCUGAAAGCAAUGGAAGUGCUUCCAGAACUCUAUGCUGUUUUCCAAGGAGAGAUUGCUUCUGUGACAGAAUAUGGAGCAUUUAUAAAAAUUCCAGGAACUCAAAAACAAGGCCUUGUUCACAAAAGCCAAAUGUCAAACAGUAGAGUGGACAAACCCUCAGAGAUGGUAGAGGUUGGAGAAAAGGUGUGGGUGAAACUUAUAGGAAAAGAGAAGAAGGAUGACAAACUGAAACUCUCUCUUUCCAUGAAAGUUGUUAAUCAAGGAACUGGAAAAGAUUUAGACCCCAAUAACGUCGUCCUUGAUCAAGAUGCGCGGAAAAAAUGCUCAUUUAAAGAUUAUACCAGUCAAAAGAUCACUCUAGAAGCUGUUUUGAACACAGUGUGUAAGAAGUGUGGUUGUCCAGGUCACUUUGCUAAAGAUUGCUUCAUGCAGCCAGGAGGGACGAAAUAUACCCUUAUACCAGAGGAUGAAGCAGUCCCUGCAGAAGAUGAAAAGAAAGUCCAUCAUUCUGUGAAGAAAAGGAAAAAGCAGGAUAAAAAGAAAAGGAAGAAACACAAGAACACAGACUUGCAGGCUUCCGACAGCACCGAUUCCAACAGCGGGAAUCAGCCAGUUCGGAAGAAGGCAAAACGCAAAGAGAAAGCCAGUCCAUCUCAGAAGAGGAAAAAGAAGCAUCAUAAGAAAAAGCACAAGGAAUGAGGAUCUGACUCUGGGCGGCACGUGUUCCUAAUGUGGGUUGUGGCUUCCCUUUUCUCUGGCCGUCAGUUGGAAAAAGAAGAGCUGAACCAGGAGCAUGUGUUAAGAUAAAAUGGUUUUCCUUCUUUGCAAAUCAACUUUGUUUCUCAAGGAUGGCUAAUCUUCUCCCAUAAAGUAGAAAAGAAAGAACAGCUUGCCAAUGGGUGGUUCCCUGUCCCAGACGUUGGUUUCAUACUUGUGACAUCUUAUUCUUUCAUUUCUUCAUGCCUGGAUUUGAGCCAGCCUCUUUGGAGCAACCCAGAGCCGUCUUGCAGAAACCUGUAUGGGGUUGGCAGCCAGUGCGUUUUCUCACUCGGGAACAGCUGUAUGCGGACUCAGCAUCUGCCAGCUAUUGUCUGCCUACCAGCAGAAGGAGCUGUGGAUGUACUCUCUGGCCUGACAGGGUCUCAUUGGUGAAGAACAGAUCACACCACUGCAUUCCAGUUGUCCUACUUGCCCUGCCAUACUGUAGGAGGAAGAAUUCAGCUACAGGAGCAGUUGUCUUAAAAACUGAGAAAUGAGCCAAUGAAUAAAGGCCUUUGUUUGUGGAGGUUUCUUUAUUGUAGGCUUGGAUUUUUGGGGAGAGACAGAGAUAAAUCAGGAGGCCUCCCAGUUGUCUUAAUUUCCUACUGUGAGAUGCUUUAAACACAAGGGUGGGCAGCACCUUAGU